AUAAGUAGGUAUAUGUAAUCGCGAGUUUAAAGUCAGCGUGAAAUUUCUGAAUCAUUUCAAGGUGGUCGCGUUUAAUAUUUUCAAGUGCAUGUUUUGUAAAUCGUGAUCUGGGAAGCAAGGAGGGACGGGAGAGAACUGGAGGAUUUUCAUGAAAAGUUCUCAAAACCGAAACACUUUCUGUAUCGAAAUAAAAAACACAAAAAUCAUUCGGAUGAUACAGAUAUACGAGUAGAUAGAAAUUAUUGCCGGUCCAUCAUUUCGUACUACUUUAGAUUUGAAUUAACAGAAUCUUGAAAUAUUUCUUCUUCCUUUUCAACCACGUAACCAGAUGCUCGAUAAUAAUCAACGAUCAUCAUCAGGAAAUAAGUAAAGAUUUAUUCUAGUGCAUCAGAUCUGAAUAAUUACUGAAAUCUUUCAAGCUGUGACAGCUGACGUCAUCAAACAACAAAUCGAAUUUCGAAUAAUACAGCUAUUCUACUAUCAGUAUCCUCUCAGGUACAGGCAAACUCCAAACGAACAGUCAUUAAAAUAAUGGAUCUAAAAAGACCGAAAAACGAACUUUACGAUGAUGAAAUCGAAUUCCAUGAAACUUCAGCUGAUGAUGACUCUUGCAGUGAAACUUCAGAUGAAGAACCGUCAACAUCCAAAAUUCGCGACGAUUCAUCAAAAAGUAUUUUCAACCAUAGGAAAAGUACGGGGGAAACGCCUUCCAAGCGCCCGAAGAUAUCCAAAACCAAGUCAGCAGGAGGAUCUUCGGGAACGAAAAACAUAAAGAAUAAUGAUGGUGAUAAGUUGAAAGUCGAAAAUAUUUCAGCAAAUAACUUGAAAAUACUAAUUCCCUUUUUACGGCAUAUUCCCGAGGAAUAUUAUUCUAUUGCUUUUGCAACAGACACCGAUACAGCAGGAAAUUCUGACGAUAUAGUUUUUCGAUACAAAGAACCAAAUGGUAAAUUGGUAUAUCGUUUUUUGCAAAUUGAACAAAAGAAGCAUGCAAACAAGGAAAUCACUCUUGAUGAUUUACUUGGCGAGAUGGACCAACAAUUUAGUCUGAAGAAACAUUUUCAUUCUUUUCGUAAAGCUAUCAAAAAUCCUCUGUUCAAAGGUUACGAAAUGAAAGAUUUUGUAAUUUGUACAAAUGCUGAUAUGGCCCUAGAUUUAAAAAGUAAUUUUGCAAAAAUCAGUGGUAGUGAUAAUCUCUUAAGUUUUGGAAAGAGAACUACAGAUCUGGAGUGUUUGAAAUUGAAAUUCGACGACGUUUCAAAAAAGAAUAAAUUUACUUCCGCACUCAAGAAGAUAUCGAAAUGUAACAGACUGGCUGAAAAACUCGCCAAUUGUGUACACAAUAGAAAGGUCAUUAGCUUCAAAAAUAAUCUACUUGCGGAUUACCAUCGUGCGAUACGAAAAUAUAUCAUUGAGCCUGAAGAUUUUCGAGAAGGCCAACAGAAGAUUAUAAAUGUCAAAUUCAGGACUGAUUUUCUGAAUGGAAAUUUGCCAGAACAAGUGAAAAACUUCCGAAAAGCUUUCUAUGAAGCCUACAUCGAUCUCUCAAAAAAGCAAAUACCCGAGCAUCAGUUCUGGGCAAAUAUGAAGAACGCGAGACCGAAAAUGCACCAGUCUUAUAGAACAUAUCUCGAACUAGAUGAUGAUCCAAAGCUCAAUGAUUAUAGAAAACUAGCAGAAGAGAUCGCUGCAGAAAUGAAAUAUGCCCAUCGCAACGAUGUCAAAAUAGAGAGAAGAACACAAGUUAUUAAAGACAAUAUUGAUAAAUUGGCGGGGUACGUGUUCAUAAAGAAAAAUAACUCGAUGAAAGAUACUUAUUAUUUUAGCUCAAAAUUUGUCCGCAGUGAAUGUAAAUUACCUCGUGAUAUAGAAAAAUUCAGAAAUCACUUAAAGGAUGUCUUACUCAUGAAUAAAGUGGCAUUCAAUGAGAAGAAAUACAAAUUUUAUAUCAAGAAUUUCGUAACAUGCCUAGAGGCAGUAGUAUACUCAGAAUCCUAUCUGCCAUAUAUAAAUGAUGCGGAUGAAGUUUCUGAAAAAGAAAUAAAUUAUUUUUUUGAAAAAUUGGUAUUUGCAAUUAAUCAGCCCAAUGGUACUGAAAUGGACAAAUAUUUCAAUUUCUCUCACGACAACGCUGGAGCAUAUUCACCCCUCCAUGAAUACAUAUCGUCUUGGAUAAAAACUAAAAAAGGAUGCUUUCAAGACCACCUAGAAGGCAAAGCUUUUAUAAGAGAAAUCAACACGAGGAUUUCCAAAUUAGAAGUGCGUGAUUCAACGGUAGAAUAUUGCGCUGAGCUUGCAUCUUUUGGCAUAGAAUUUAUGGAUAAUUUAUCAGUAAUACGCAGUUUUUUGAAUUCUAAAGAAGAACGGAUUCUUAACCUCGUGAGUUCACCACAGACUUGUCAAUCAAAUUUAAUCAAACGACUACAAACUUCAAUAAAUAUUCGAGGGAACAAAUCCGAUACUAGCAUUGCUACAAAACUGAGUGCAAUUAAAGUGAUGCAAACGUUGAAAAAUAUACCAGAAUACGAGGGUAGUUUCAUUUUUAUGCCUACGCGUUCAAUUCUGCCGGUACAUGAUAUUAUAAUGAACAAUUUUGACUCCAUAGCAUCGAUUAAUCUACUUGUAAUUGAGUGUGGAGAUGAGGAAACAAAUAUAUGGAAAUUAUACCAACGAUUAUGCUCGACAAUAGAACGUCAUGCCGAUAAAAAGAUUAUCAUAAUUACUCAAAAGGAUUACAUCCUGACUAAGGCAUUCCAAGAUUAUUUUUCUGGAACGAUGAAAUAUAAACAGAUUGAUGAUGAAAAAAGUAGGGCUAUUGUAGAUAAAAAAUUAAGCUAGUUUUUUUUAAGAACUUACCAGAGAUUCGAGUAAUUUGUGGCAAAGAUUAUUGAUAAUUUUAGGCUACUCGUAGAAUAGUACUCGUACCUAUCUGAGUCAUUUUUGACGAAUAAUUACAUUUGUAUGUGAUAUUUAUCAGUUUUGUAUGCAUUGACAUAAAAUUGAAAAAUUGUUGAUUUUUUGUCCUCUUUUUUAUCAUUACUCAGUAUUAUUGUUUGUUUGAGAAUAGGAACCAAAAUUUAGAAAUCUUGAGAGAAAAAUGAUGAGAUCUCGAGUUGGAGAUUCAGCGUUUUAAUUAUGAAGUGCAAUUUAAGCUAAACCAACAUUUUCCAAUCUCUUUUGUCAAUUACCACAAAUAACCAAUAUUCUCAGUGUUUAUUUUUAAUUUUUAAUUUUAAAAUUUAUUGUGUAUAUAAAUUUUAUAUUCUAGA